GCCGACGUGACUGCAGAACACGGAAAUGAACUGACGAUAAAAGUUAAGCAAACAGGAGCAAAGGAAAGGAAGUGCUGAAACCCAUCUCGACAUCAGCAAGUUGAAUACAGGCAAAGCAUGGAAGGUUCACGUCUUGAUGAGGUCUUACGUCAUCUUGGGCGCUAUGGCCGCUAUCAAGUCAUAUGCACUAUUCUGAUCGCCACGAUUGGAACAUGGUUCCCUGCCUGGCACUUAAUGGGAAUCAUAUUCACUGCAGACAGCCCACAGGGUUACCAGUGUGUGACCUCCGCAGCGAAUCCGCCACCGAAACCAAGUGCAGUUUUAGCAGAUGUUGUUGAGUCGGUAACGCCUACAUACCAGCAGUGGACGGAGAAUGCAUCCGUUUCCAUGGUAACAAGAAAUAUCUCAAUGGAGGUGAAUGAGUGUGUGCUGCAGGGGACCGAUGAGCCAUGCAGGGAGUGGCAAUAUCUCACAAAGUAUAAUGAAACCACCAUUGUGACUGACUUGAACCUCAUCUGUGACAGGAGUUUCCUCGCCCAGACGGCGCAGUCCAUUUUUCUUGCCGGUUGUCUCGUCGGCUCUUUUCUUUUUGGUUUUCUCUCCGAUGCAUUUGGAAGGAAAAAGAUGCUACUAAUCGGAUGCCUUGCCAAUGGUGUCUUCGGCAUUCUUGUUGCCUUUGUCCAAAAUUAUCCUGGUUUCGUCACACUGUGGUUUCUCAUCGGCUUGUUUACACAGGGCUACAACCAGGUCCAGUUUAUAAUGGUUAUUGAGAUGUUUCCACCAGAGUGCCGAACCCUUAUUGGAAGUCUCAACAACAUGUUCUGGGGUGUCGGAGUGAUCACCGUGACACCGUUCGCAUACAUCUUCAGGAAUUGGCGUCAUAUGCAGCUGGCCAUAUCCAUCCCAUGUCUUGUCGCCAUACCACUUUGGUUCAUUCUAGACGACUCUAUACGAUGGUUAAUAUCCAAAGGUCGCAUCAACGAAGCUACAAACAUUCUAAACAAGAUGGCAAGGUGGAACAGCGUCGAGCCCCCACCCGGUGGGUUUCUGCUAGCUGAGGAUGCUGAAGAAGAAAACAUUGCGCUGAAGGAGAUCGACAAGUCGGAGGUGGCUGCUCCUUCGAUCAAAGAGAAGAAAUCAAUUACAUAUCUUGAUGUUCUUAGGAGUCCUAGACUGCUGUUGAACACAGUGAUAAUUUAUUUCAGUUGGUUUGUCAGUAUGAUGACAUACUACGGAGCAUCCCUAAACAGCGCUCAUCUCGUCGGCAGUAAAUAUGCUAACUUCUUCUUCCUCGGACUCGCUGAGAUUCCAGCAUUCUUUAUCAUCCAUUUCACAAUGACAUGGUGGGGUCGUCGUCCAUCUAUGGGUUUGUUUUUUGUUGUAUCUGGACUGACCAGUAUAGCUACAGCUUUUAUACCAAUGAAGACUGUUGAUGGAGCAGAUUUGACGGUUCCGAUUGUCGUCAUGGCCAUCAUCGCUAAACUCUGCAUUACAUGUGCCUUCUCUAUCAAUUUAAUAUUCUGCUCAGAAAUCUUCCCAACACCCGUCAGAAAUGUUGGAUUUGGAAUCGGAGCCGUUGUGGCCAAUAUUGGGACGGUUGUAGCUCCAUUUAUCUUAUAUUUGGCAAGUUAUGCAUCCUUCCUCCCUCUCACAAUCUUUGGAGCUCUGAGCAUCUCAGCUGCCGUCCUCAUCCCAAUCUUGCCAGAGACGAGAAACAAACCUCUUCCAGAGACAAUAGAAGAUGCAAUACAUCUUGGCAGGACUCCGCCUUGCACGCAGGACAAAGACCAACGAGAAAAAAGUUCCAGCAAGUUGGAAGCUGCUAAUGAUUUGUUGUAGAUCAAAGACAAACCAACAGAAGAGACCACACCCAGCUCUUUGCAGAGACAAAACUUUUCCAAGAAAGAUUUAAAUGUGGGAUCGAUUUAACAAAGAUAGUACACUAACUUACGGCUAGCGUCCAUGAGGUAUUCAAAACUUAAGGUUAUAUACAUGUAGUAGGACGAGUAACUCGUCCUGACUCGAGAUACGACUAGUCUUAACUCUUUGUAAAAUCCACCUGUGGUUCAGUAUACAGUUACUUUCCAAGAUAAACCAAACUCAAUGAGACCUAGCUACAUUUACAAAUCUAGUAAAGCCAAGACAAGUCAAACUGAUUAAAACAUCUCAAGUAGCAAGUCUGAUUCAACCAAUAGACCUUUUCAUCCAAUAAAGAAAAAAUUUUGAAAAGGUGUCCUAUUCACUCAAUGGCAACAUGCAGUUCCAACCAUCGUUUGCUAAAAGGAACCAGACUAUGUACACCCCUCAGCCUCGGUAUGGUUACAUUGAGAUGCAUUGUAGAAAACCAAGAUGGCCCCUUCAAGUUUGACAUGAUAUGACAUUUUUGAUGGCCAGCCUGCUGUUCUACUACCACACACUCGCCAUUAUUGCAUUACAGUACUACAUUUGAAAGAGCAUCUCGGAAAAGUUUCCGUAUGGCGCCACCACUUUUUCAUUCGAAAUAAAAUAAUAUAGUAUCUAAUUUACCUGAUUGAUAUAUCCCUUUUUGUAAAAAUUAGUAAAAAAGUGGUGGCGCCAUACGGAAAGUUAUCCAGCAUCUCAUAUAAACUCUUCAGAAAAAGAUAUUUGCAAAAAAUCGUUUUCGAAAAAGUAAAAAGAAUGGCUAGCAACACGAUAAAGGUAUUAUGAAGUUCAUAAGCAAUGUUUUUAAAAAAUCUGUUAUAAAAAAAGUAGAACAUUUUAGUUUUAAAAACUAAAUAUAGAUGAUGGUGUCCUGAAAUAUUUGUAACAUUGUAAGAUGUUUACAUAAAUGUAUUUGCGUUUCUUGAUUCGUUGUUCAAACAAACAGUUAUAAAGGAUUUAAUACUUUUAAAGCGAUAAAGCAAGCAAUAAAGAUAAGUUGAAAUUUGA